GAUAAAUGACUACAGCUCUCAAGGAGACACCAUCUUUUAUCUAUAAAGAGAUAACGUUUCAUUAUGACGGCUGGUGUAAGACAGCUUCUAGGCUUGGCCUUGGCCAUCGUCAGCUUUGUGGGGACCAUUGUCAUCUGUGCACUUCCACAGUGGAGAGUCACAAAAAUCUUGGAGCAAUCGAGCAUCAUUGCUUCCCUGGCGUUCACUGAAGGUCUGUGGAAAGUCUGUGGUACUUUCAGUGCACAGAUUGUGGCGUGCAAAGAGUAUGAGAAAACACCUUUGCCUAUCAGUCAAGACCUGGAGGUUGCUAGAGCACUCAUUGUCAUUGCCAUUAUCAUUGGUGUCAUUGGGAUCCUGCUUGGUGCUGCUGGGAGCAAAUUCAUGAACUUUGUGCCAGACGAAAGGAAAAGGAGUAAAAUGGCUAUGGCUUCUGGAGUUGUUUGUCUCAUUGCAGGCAUAUUUGUGCUAAUACCAGUCUGCUGGACCACCAACGCCACCACCACCAUACAGGAUAAUUACAACAACUUUCUGCCUCAUGUCUCUCUGAAGAUGGAACUGGGAACCUCGCUUUACAUUGGCUGGAUCACCACAGCACUUCUGUUCCUGGGAGGAGGCCUCCUCUGCAGCUCCUUUAUCUGCCAAGAUGGAACGGACUAAAACGUUAAGUACGCCAACCCUUGCUCUUUGUAAAAAGCCUUAUUUACAAAGAGCAAUUAGUAAGUAAUUUAGUUACUUAUAUUAACCUAAGCUUAGAAAUCCAGCAGUCUGUUAAAAAAAAAGGAAACAAAAGUUGAAUGAAUAGAAUAAGAAAGUCUAAAAUCAAAUUAAAAUAGGCAGAAAUAUUGGCAUUUUGAGGAUGUAAUUUGAUUCUUGAUAUAUUUUGUUGUAUUUUAUACCAUUAUAGACACUUUUUCUUUUCAUGUUUAUUGUCUAUGCUGUUUACUAUAAAAAUGUGGAAACAGUUUUCCUUUUUUUUCUGUGAUCUUUGUAAAAAUCAAAAGCAUGUGCAUUUAAACUUCUAUAAAACAUGAUUCUGUGGCUUAAUUCUAGAUCUGAUCUUUGACUUUUUCUAUAUUUAAAUUGGUUCAAUGUUGAUGAUUAUGUUAUUCAUUUGCAGUUGUAUUCAGAAUAUUUUUCUGCAGUAUUUGUUUAUAUUUUUUUGAGUAGGUAUGAUUGUAUUGUAACAGUAAAAUUGUCACAUUAAAAUGCCUGUUCAUAACAGCAUGAGAUCAUGUUUUGGGGUUUGGGAAAUUUUAAGUAUUGUUUAGUUUUUUAAAGAUGUCUUUAUUUUGGCUGUUUUCUGUUUAAGAAGCCAAAUAAAAACAAAUUGUUUGUUUGUUUGUUUGUUUAAUGUAUUGCAUCACAUAAAGGACAACACAUGUCAGAUGAACAAUGUCAUGAACACAAAAUACAGGCUGGAUGCCAUUGCCUUUGAUACAGUGAUAGCUCAAAGAUUAAUCCUUAUAAGGUAAAAAGACGUGUCAUUGGCUACUCUUUUUCAAUGGAGAGUGUGAGUGGGUUCACAGAGAUGCAGCACAAUUUUCAGGGUUUGUAUGUGAACAAUGUCAACAGCUCAACAGGUGGCAAAUGAGAGUAUUUGGAAGAAAGCAGAAAUAUACCGAGGACCUGAUUAUUUAUUAUAAUUAUUAACUAUUCAUUUACGUCCCUCCUGACUUCUCUGGGACGGGGGCUUGGGAUGUUUUUUGUUGUCCUGUCAAGUCAAACU